AUGGAGGAGGUGAAUAAGAAACGGUUGUGUCGAAAUUGCUUGUCCGCUGGACAUUUUGCUGAGAAUUGUUCCCGAGGUUCCUGUAUACGAUGCGGCAGAAAGCAUCACACCCUCCUACAUCACGAAAACGGAGUAAGCGUAUCUAGUGCAACAAAACCAUUCGUUCCAAAAGCGCAAAGUAGACCACAGACAGCAGGCCCACAACCACAACAACCGCAACACAAGCCACACGGUCAGACACAAACCACACUCACUCAAACACCAACAGAACAAAAAGCCACUACAUCAUAUCCAGCUGUAAGCACAACCCCUCUUAACACUCACCCACGAAACACCACAGAACAUCACACAACAACUACUCUUGAAGCCGUCGCUCAAGUUCCGUCAUGUCAAGUUCUCAUCUCCACUGCCAUUGUGCGGGUGGAAGAUCAAUUUGGCAAUAUUUCGUUCGCUAGAACUUUGCUGGAUUCGUGUUCCGAACUCUGUUACAUGACCAGUAAAUUUUCGAAGAGACUAAAGCUCCGAGAAUCACCCGCAUUCUUGCAAGUACAAGGCAUCGGCAAUGGUAGCACUUCAGCUACUAAGUGCGUUGAAGCAAACAUCCAGCCACGUCAUCCCUCAAUUUCAUCGUUUGCGGAAAGUAUGAAGUUCUACGUUUUACCAAAGAUUACCAACGCUAUACCGAUAAGCUCAGUUGAGAUCGAUCCUGGUCACCUUCCCCAAGAAAUGGUAUUGGCGGAUCCAUCGUACGGAAAACCUGGACCAGUCGAUAUGAUCAUUGGAGCUGAAAUAUACUUUGACUUGCUCACUGCCGGGAAGAAAAGGUUGAGUGAAGAUGGCCCAACUCUCCAAGAAACCGUAUUCGGUUGGGUGAUAUCAGGACGAGUUCCUAAGCAAGUUUCUCCGCGGACAUCGACCUUCGUUAGUUCAACCGUGGAUCUUCAAGAGUUGAUCGCCAAGUUUUGGGAAUUAGAGACCUGUUAUGUGACCAGUACUCAUUCCGUGGAAGAGACCGCAUGUGAAGAACUGUUCGAGCGAACUACCGUGCGUGACGCUGAAGGUAGAUUCGUCGUAAGUUUGCCUAAAAAGGAGAAUGUGAUCCAGAAAUUAGGAGAAUCGAAAGCUAUCGCACUGAAACGGUUCUCGAGCCUGGAGAAGAGGUUAGAUGCUAACCCUGAGCUGAAGGCGAUGUACAAGGAGUUUAUUCACGAGUAUCAGCUGAUGGGUCAUAUGAAGGAGGCACGCGACGAUCCUUAUCACGAGCCCAUUUACUACAUGCCUCAUCAUGCUGUGUUGAAGCCAGACAGCACAACGACAAAACUUCGUGUUGUUUUCGACGGGUCGUGUCGCACAUCGACUGGAGUCUCCCUAAAUGAUGCGUUAAUGGUAGGCCCAGUGGUUCAGGAUGAUCUGUUUUCGAUCAUCACCCGUUUUCGUUUGCAUCGCUUUGUUCUUGUCGCGGACGUUGCAAAAAUGUAUCGAAUGGUACAAGUUCAACCUUCUGAUCGGCAUUUGCAACGAAUUCUCUGGAGAGAUUCAUCCGAAGAUCCAAUGAAGUCAUUUGAGCUCACAACCGUUACCUACGGCACUGCAUCUGCGCCGUAUCUCGCGACAAAAUGUCUCUCAACGCUAGGGAAAGGUUGCCAAUUGACGCACCCUCUAGCUGCCAAGGUAAUUCAAAAGGACUUCUAUGUCGACGAUAUGCUGUCCGGAGCAGACAGUAUCGAAGAAGCUAUUCGACUCAUGUCAGAGGUAAUUGAGAUUACCAAUUCAGCUGGUUUUAUCCUUAGAAAGUGGAAUUCUAAUUGCGCACAGCUACUUACUAAGCUUCCUAAACAUCUAAGAGAUGAUCGAGCCACCCUAGAGCUGGACUCCUCUAGCUCUACCGUGAAGACUUUGGGACUCCGUUGGGAUACCAAUUUGGACAGUUUCUAUUUCUGCUUUCCACAAUGGCGGUCGAAUGCAUCAGCCAUCACAAAGCGAAGCAUCCACUCAGACGCAGCAUGCUUAUUUGACCCGCUAGGCUUGGUGGGACCGGUAGUAGUACAGGCGAAAAUAAUCAUUCAACAGUUAUGGCAGUUGAAAUGCGGUUGGGAUGAACCAUUGGAUGAAACAUUGCAAACAAUUUGGAAGGAGUAUAAGCAAAAUUUAAUGGCCCUUGAGUCACUGUCAGUUCCUCGUUGGAUCGGCUUUGCUAACGAUUGUUCGGAAAUUCAGCUACACGGGUUUUGCGAUGCUUCAGAAGUGGCCUACGCAGCAUGUCUAUAUCUGCGUUGUACUGCAUCGGAUGGGACUGUGUCAGUACGUCUCAUCACGUCGAAGUCGAGAAUAGCACCGCUAGAGAAUCUGAAAGCCAAGAAGAAGAAGGUAACAAUUCCUCGGUUAGAACUAUCAUCCGCCUUGCUGCUUAGUCAUCUGUACGAGAAGUUUUCCUCUAACGUUACGAUCAAAUCAACAUUCUUUUGGACCGAUUCCAUGAUCGUCAAACACUGGCUGGCAUCGCAACCGUCAAGAUGGCAAGUUUUUGUCGCUAAUCGUGUGUCGGAGAUACAACACAUCACCAAAGGUGGCGCUUGGAACCACGUCCCCGGCAUUGAGAACCCGGCAGAUUUGAUUUCCAGGGGAAUGUCUCCAGCUGAAUUACAAUAUCAACCCCUUUGGUUCCAAGGUCCACGAUGGUUGGCUCAGAAUCAACAAUAUUGGCCGCGACCAGAAGAAUCCAUUCCAGAAUCGUUCGAACCAUCUCUCCUGGAAGAACGACCAUCGCCAGCUUUCCCCGCUCAAGCUACUCCACCUAGCGAAAUUUUCGGACUUAGAUCGACAUACUCAGAACUCAUCAGACUGGUCGCACUACUCAUACGUUUCAAGCAUAAUUCGCAACCUAGCAACAGGCAAUCUAGAAGAGAUGGAAGCAUUACACACGUGGAACUAGAACAAGCAACGCUGCUACUAGUCCACUUAUCUCAGCAAGAGUGUUUUUCGGCAGAACUACUCAGCUUGACAAGGCAAGGUCAUGUUCAAGAAAGCUCUUCUAUCAAAGGUCUACGUCCUCAGCUUUCCGUUAAUGGUAUAAUGUGCGUUGGCGGCCGGUUAUCUCACGCCCCAGUUACUGAGUCUAGAAAACAUCCAUUCAUCUUGCACCACCAUCACCCGCUCGCAAUUUUGGUUAUGCGACAUUAUCAUCUGCGACUAUUUCACGCCGGCCAGCAACUGCUGAUUGCAUCAGUUCGAGAGAAGUUUUGGCCAACUGCUAUCAACAGUUUGGCUAAAAGGGUUAUACAUGAAUGUGUCUCAUGCUUCAAGAAUAAACCUAAGGUCGUAGAUCAACUAAUGGCAGAUCUUCCGUCCGAGCGAGUAACGCCAUCAUCACCGUUCUUAAAGGUGGGAGUAGACUAUUGUGGUACCUUCCUUAUAUCCUAUCCUAACCGUCGGACCAGACCAGUAAAGUGUUAUGUAGCGAUAUUCGUUUGUCUGGCGGUGAAAGCGGUUCACUUAGAACUCGUAGCAGAUCUAACAACUCAAGCGUUCCUGGCUGCUCUGAGGCGUUUUAUCGCGCGACGCGGAAAACCAAAUCUAAUCAUGUGUGAUAACGCUACAACAUUUGUCGGUGCUAAGCGGGAACUAUCUGAACUACAUCGCUUAUUUCUAAGUCAGCACUUCCAAGAUGCUGUUGUCAGGGAUGCCGGAAAUGACAGCAUUGAGUUCCGUUUCAUUCCUCCUCGCACUCCGAACUUUGGUGGUCUGUGGGAGGCACAGGUGAAAUCGUUCAAGAAUCACUUUCGUAAGACAAUAGGACUCCGAACGCUAAACAUCGAUGAAAUGCAGACAGCUCUUGCUCAGAUUGAAGCAAUCCUCAACUCUCGUCCGAUGACACCACUUAGCAGUGACCCAAAUGAUUUCCAAGCUCUCACGCCUGGACACUUCUUGGCGCAGCGUCCCAUGACAGCAAUCCCGGAACCAGAUCUUCAAGAUGUACCCGUUAAUCGGCUAUCUAUGUGGCAGCGUGCCCAAUACUUCACUCAGCAACUAUGGAAAAAGUGGACCACGCAAUAUCUAUCAGAUCUUCAUAAUCGGACUAAAUGGACCAAGCAGCGAAACAACGUGACAGUAGGAACAAUGGUCCUGCUGAAGGAUGAAAGUUUACCUCCACUACGAUGGAAUCUGGCUCGAGUCGUCAAGGUUUUUCACGGCUCAGACGGCAACAUCAGGGUUGUCACCGUACGUACAAAAGAUGGAUGCUUCGACAGGGGAAUUUCUAAGAUAUGCGUCCUCCCAAUUCGGGACAACGCUCAGCAAGUCACAGCAGAUGGAAACUAA